AUCUUUGACUCAUUGAUUCUCUGCGGUUCUGUGCCGAAUAUGAAUACACGGCUGUGCAUGGUUGAUGUGUUUGUUUACGAGUGCUGAGGGGUGAAUGUAUUUCUUUUUUAAUAAUACGUGUACAUGGGUGACUAUAAACAGCGUUAUAAGAAUUGGUUUGGGCUGCCGGACAAAUCAGAAUUGGAGAAGUUCAUGUGGACUCUGCACCAUCAUUGAAGACCAUGUACUUCUGGACUAAUGAAUUUAAAUCUGGGUGGACAAGCACUGAAGACGAAGAGUGAUCUAGCUGUUCAGUUGAGACUCAAAAUAGAAUUUUACAUCAGUGAAUUCUAAACAAAGAAAUUUGUGCGAGUGUUUUGUAAAAAUGGCAGACACGACCACAGAACUUGCAUACAAGAAGCUGUAUGUCAAAUUCCCCCAAAGGGUUCCAUCAGAGGAAAAAGUGAAGGCACUGAGUCCACACAUUGUCUGUGUGUCUUAUCCCAGGCAAAAGAGUGCAAGGUUUUGUCAUAUAGUAUUGGAGAGCCAAUCUGUUGUUCCAGAAGUUCUGAAACAGUUGAACGAAAAAGAAUAUAAGAAUGGACAUCUCAGAGUGGAGCUGCCAAGAAAACUUAAAUAUAUAAAAAAUGAACAAGAACCUCAUAUUCAAGAAAAAAGUAAGACCUUAAAAGAGAACAAAAUUGGAAGUAAACACAAAGCAAAAAAUAAACUACCCAUUGAUGAUAAUAGCAUUGUGCCUCAAACAGAAGAAGUUGAAAGCUCACGCAUUACAGCUGGCAAAUAUGUGAGGAGAAGAAGUGGUAAACCUGCAGCUGGUGGUAGCAAUGACCGAAGACUAUGGAUAAAGAAGUUGCCAUUUAAAACAGAAGACAAGGACCUUAUAGCUACUUUUCCUGGAUGCAUUUGGGCUAAGGUGUACAGAAGCAAAGCUUCAAAAUCCAGCCGUGCUAUAUGCAAGUUCACUACAGCACAGCAAGCUGCUGCUGUUGUAGCAGAUCCUAAUAAACACAAGUUCAAAGGAAAAGAGGUGGUUGUUGAAUUAGCAAAAAGUCAACAGCUACGGGGAAGUGGGAUGAAGAAGAAAUAUGGACUGAAGAAUGAAAAUUCUGUAAUGGACAUAGCGGGAGAAACUCUUAAAACAGAAUCAAAAGUAGAAAGUGAAAAUGGCACUGAAUUGAAGGAAAAUGAAAGUAAUGGUGAUGAAUCUAUGGACACUGAUGACGAUGACAAUGAUGACGACGACGACGACGAUGAUGAUGAUGAUGAUAAUGCUGAUGAUGAUGAUGAUAUGUUGGAGAGUGGUGAUGCCACUGGUGAUCUUGAUGUAAAUAGCUCUGAAAAUGAUGAUUAAAAUAAAUAGAUAAUUUGCUGUGUUA